AUGAAGGGCAACAUUCUCAUCCCCCUGCUUGGUCUCUCCAGCAGUGCUGCAGCUGCAGCGGUGGAUAUCCAUGGCAAGACUCCUUUUGGAUAUGCUUCCGGAUCCGAAACGUCAAUUGCGAACCUCAAGGACAAGGUCGAGAACGUUGUGUGGAUCGUCCUCGAGAACCGCAGCUUUGACAACAUCCUCGGUGGCGUCAAGCGCAAAGGCCUCGACAACGUCGUCAACAACGGCCCCUUCUGCAACCUGCAGAAUGUUAGCGAUCCUAGCAGUGCCAAGUGGUGCAGCUUCUACAAGGACUUUGACUCUGUCAUCCAUGACCCUGACCACUCGAUUACGGGAUACAACAUGGAGCUGUAUGGGACAUACGCUCCCAAUGACGCUGCCAUUCUCAACGGCUCCCUAAAGGCUACGGCACCAGGCUUCAUUGAACAGCAUCUGGUUCACCACAAGGGUCUUGACCCAAAGCUUGCUGCUGAGGAGGUGUUGGGGUACUACUCCGAGGACGAAAUUCCUACCCUUGUUGAUCUGGUUGAUGAGUUCACGACAUUCAACUACUGGCACUCAUGUGUCCCCGGUCCUACAAACCCCAACCGCCUCUGUGGCGUCUCUGGUGUCACGGAUGGCCAUGGCAAAAAUGACCACAGCUUCGACGUCUCCGGCAUUGAGACUUCCAGCAUCUUCCAAGUCGCCAGCGAAAAGGGCAUCAGCUGGAAGAACUAUGACGGCACAAACGGCGCCUUCCUCUCUGACGCCCUCUUCUUCGACUGGACAGCUCGAAACGCCAAGAGCAACGUUGUUCCCCUCGAGAAUUUCUACCAGGACGCUUACCUCGGUCUCCUGCCCCAGCUCUCGUACAUUAACCCAUCUUGCUGUGGUCUUGAUACGAACUCUAUGCAUCCCUCCGGCAAUGUUUCCUUUGGCCAGGUUCUCGUGAAGCAAGUGUAUGAUGCGCUCCGCACGGGCCCGCAAUGGGACAAGACCCUCCUCCUCCUUACAUUCGAUGAGACGGGCGGAUUCUUCGACCACGUCGCUCCCCCUCUUGCUGUUCGUCCCGACGACAAGACAUACACCGAAACCGCACACGAUGGCGAAUCGUACACAUUCAACUUUGACCGUCUCGGUGGCCGGAUGCCCACCUGGCUCAUCUCGCCGUACACCAAGAAAGGCCAUAUUGAGGACUACGGUAUUGACCCUGCGACUGGAAAGUCCGCAUCGUAUAGCGCGACGUCUGUUUUGAAGACGCUCGGAUACCUUUGGGAUCUUGAGGACUUUUCGCCGCGUGUUUCGCAUUCUCCCGCGUUUGACCAUCUCAUUGGGCCGCAUAAGCGGGAUAGUCCCUCCACUUUGACUAAUCCGCAUACUUUCCCCGAGGCUGUUUAG